AUGCCUAAGACCGUCAACCCGCUAUUGAGGCGGAAGUCUUCAUCUCCCUUCACGACCGCGCAACGUACGAAGCCUGGAUCACGAAAGAGCAGCUUGAAGGACGAUGCUACAGAGCGCCUUGACGACGUUGGAGGAAGGAGACCAUCGCUAGCCUCCGCCAACACACCACAGGAUGUUGUCAAGCUCAUUCGUUACAUACGAGACGCCUCGUUCGAAGAUGUGCCGGAUCGGGCGGCAGGCAUGAACAGCGAGCAGAUAUCGGCAACGUUGCGAUUCAGAGCUUCCCUACCGCCUGUGGUCAGCGUUGCGCACCUUCAUGCUCUUAGCGUGUCUACCACAAACACCGAGCGAGAGCUGGCCCGCUUGAUAGCAAUGGGUAAAAUCCGCAAAGUCAUUAUUCCCGGACGAGGCAAGGGGGGGUCAGCUGUAGGCGAAGGCGUAGCAGUGGUUGAAGACUGGGAGAGCAGGCUCCAGGAGGAAUCAGCGCUGGAAGACGAAGUCAAGCACAAAUACAUGGCUCUCAUGGCCACCCACCCAGCAUCUCCCACUGCACCUGUCACUUCACUCACAGAUGCUGAGGUGCGAAGCCUGGUCACAGCCGGCUACCUAACAAAUCCAGCAGCCAUAACAUCCAGCCUCAGCGACCUCUUCGCACGGCCCUCCGGGGCACCAUCCGGCUCCAUCUCCCAGGCGGGCUUCAAAUCCGCCACAGGCUCCCUGGCGGCGGUAGGCGGCUACGGCGCGAUCCAAGACAGCGGCGGAGGCGGCAGCAUGCUCGCCACAAAAGACACCCGACCCUCCAAUCUCAAGGCCCAACGCGAAAUGACCUUCAGCCUACCCAACACCGGAGCAUACCUCAAGCUUCUGACCGAAGCUCGUCUGCAUCUCUUGUUCCUGCUAAAGCAGUUGAGUCCGAGGUACAAGGAGGCCACGAAGGCGUUCCUGGAGGAGAAGUGGAAUGGCAAUGUACCGAAUGAUGCGAUCAGCCAGCAGAAGAGGAUGCGGGGGGAGUGGAGUGGGGUACUGCCGGGGAAGACGAAGAGGUGGAGGGAGUUUUAUGGGGUGGAGUUUGAAUGGGUGCUGGCGGAGUGUGUGGGGAGUGGGUUGGUGGAGUUGUUUGAGACGGGGAGUGUUGGGGUGGGUGUGAGGGCGAUAUGA